UCAAUAGGGAGGCUUUUGGGUCUACAGUGGGGUCAUGGGACCACCUUUAGUACAGCACAGUGUUUUGCCACCCAAGCAGAACAGUAACAGACUCUGUAUGGCAACCUUCAAACUUCCAAACUGGAUGUGAUAUCAAGGUGUGGGAUAGUUUUCAUCGAUUUUAAAGGCAGUUCCUUCUGGAAUCAAUGCAAGUUCUGAGAAAGGAGAGCGUGGUACUGAUGAGAGUCACUGAGCUGGAGCUGAGAUCUGGAAUAUGAUGCUGUCACACCGUGUUGGACGAGCCUGUCAUGUGCUUGUGCUGGUGUUGUGUCUGUCUGCGGCUGAGGACUUCGACUGGUCAGCGAACAACCACGACUCCUUCUAUUAUGGCACUUUUCCAAAUGGAUUUUCGUGGGGCGCCGGCAGUUCAGCCUAUCAAACAGAAGGAGCCUGGGACAAAGAUGGGAAAGGACUGAGCAUCUGGGAUGUGUUCACUCAUAAGAAGGGGAAGACGUUCUUGAAUGAUACUGGAGACUCUUCUUGUGAGGGAUACUACAAAUUCAAGGAUGACAUUUCAUUGAUAAAAGAGAUGAAUCUGAAUCAUUAUCGGUUUUCCAUCUCCUGGCCUAGGAUCAUGCCAACUGGAAUCAGGUCUGACCAUGUGAAUGAGAAAGGUGUGAAGUACUACAGUGCUCUUAUUGAUGAGCUGCUUGAACACAAUAUCACUCCUAUUGUGACCCUUUAUCAUUGGGACCUGCCACAGGUUUUGCAGGAGAAAUAUGGUGGAUGGCAGAACAUCAGUAUGAUUAAUUAUUUCAACGACUUUGCCAAUCUUUGCUUUGAACGCUAUGGGGACCGUGUCAAAUACUGGAUAACUUUUAAUAACCCAUGGUCAGUGGCAGUGGAAGGAUAUGAAACUGGAGAACAUGCUCCAGGACUGAAGCUCAGGGGCACUGGGGCCUACAGAGCAGCUCACCACAUCAUUAAGGCACAUGCUAAGGUUUGGCACACUUACGAUACUCAGUGGCGAAACAAACAAAGAGGUAUGGUGGGUAUUUCACUGUCCGGGGACUGGGGAGAGCCUGUGGACAUCACUAACCAGAAGGACAUUGAGGCUGCAGAGAGAUAUGUACAGUUUUACCUAGGCUGGUUUGCUACACCCAUCUUUCAUGGAGAUUAUCCUCAAGUGAUGAAGGAUUUCAUAGGGAGGAAAAGUGCGCAGCAGGGUUUGGGAACGUCUCGCCUUCCCACCUUUUCUUCUCAGGAGAAGAGUUACAUCAAAGGCACCUCUGAUUUCCUAGGUGUGGGACACUUCACCACACGCUACAUAACCCAAAAGAACUAUCCUUUCAACCGUGGCUCCACCUACUUCUCCGACCGGGAUGUAGCAGAGCUGGUCGACCCACGUUGGCCUGAUCCUGGUUCAGAGUGGCUCUACUCAGUCCCUUGGGGCUUCCGCCGUCUGCUCAACUUUAUAAAGACUCAAUAUGGGAACCCCAUGAUCUUUAUCACGGAGAAUGGGGUCUCGGAGAAGAUGAUGUGCACAGAACUGUGUGACAACUGGAGGAUACAGUAUUACAAGGGUUACAUCAACGAGAUGCUCAAAGCUAUCAGGGAUGGAGUGAAUGUAAAGGGCUACACCGCUUGGUCCCUUCUGGACAAGUUUGAGUGGGAUGAAGGCUAUUCAGAGAGGUUCGGCCUGUACUAUGUGGACUUCAGGAGCAAAAAUAAGCCUCGCUACCCCAAGGCCUCUGUUCAGUUCUACAAACGCAUCAUUAAGUCUAAUGGAUUUCCCAAUCAGAGAGAGGUUGAGAACUGGAAAACGAAGGCUACAGAGACUUGCUCCACCAGCAAUCAGCUCCUGGCUGCAGAGGAACAGCGGAAUACGGCUGCCAAUAUUCUAAGACUUAUUCAUGAUCCUUUAACCAGCCACAUGGAGAUGGUGACCGAGGUUGUGGUUCCCACAGUGUGCACCCUCUGCAUUUUGAUCAGCGCUGUCUUUCUCAUGUUCCUACUCCGCAAACGAAACUAGCUGACUUUUUGUUUUUUCCUUUUCUUUUUU